AUGGGUUCUCUUGAUCAACAAUCUAAUAAGCUCCCCACAAUAGAAUUCAACCAAGAAAACAUGACACCUGGCACAAAUCCCUGGAAAUCAACCUCGGAUUUGGUCCGACAAGCCCUGGAAAUGUACGGAUGUUUUGUGGUAUCCUACGAGAGCAACAUCGGUUCGGAGCUGCACGCGAAGAUUUUCGACGGCGGCCUGUCGGAGGAGCUGUUUGGUCUCCCACUUGAAACUAAAAAGAAGCACAUUUCGAAAUUCGCAGGUUUCGGUUACGGUGGGAAUUAUUCGGUUAUGCCGCUCUUUGAAUACUUUGGGAUUGAAGAUGUUGCAACUCUUGAUGCUGCACAAAAAUUCACCACCCUCAUGUGGUCUCAGGGCCAUGAUAAAUUCUGUGAGACAAUAUACUCGUACUGUAAAUUGCUGUCGGAAUUGAACAAAACGGUUGUUAAAAUGGUGGCCGACAGCUACGGUUUGGAAAAAUACUACGAUCCGCUAAUGGAGUCGUCGUUCUACAUGACGCGGCUCAUGAGGUACAACUCGCCGGGCGAGAACCAGUGCAGUAUUGGUAUUGUACCUCACAGGGACAAGAGCUUUAUUACAGUAAUCGGGACAAACGAAGUCAAAGGUUUGGAGAUCGAAACUCGUGGUGGUGAUUGGAUUGAUUAUGAGCCAUCUCUUGGAAAAUUCAUUGUCAUUGCAGGUGAACCAUUCAUGGCAUGGAGCAAUGGAAGAAUAUAUAGCCCGCUCCACAAAGUCGUCGCUAAAGGAAGCAAGGAGAAACAUUCCGUCGGAGUUUUCUCUUUCAUCGGAGGUGUUCUGCAAGUGCCAGAUGAGCUCGUCGACCAUAAUAAUCCAUUGAAAUUCAAAUCUUUCCGUCACUUGGAGUUCGUCGAGUAUUGCAAGGAAGGUGGCGCCAAAAUGGAAGGAGCCAUCCAAAAAUACUGUGGAAUAUAA